AUGGCCGGGGCUGCGGAGGCGGCGGCGGCGGCGGGGCUGGGCCGGGCCCUGUGCAUCCUGACGGGCGCCUCGCGGGGCUUCGGCCGGAGCCUGGCCGGCGCGCUGGCCCCGCGGCUGGCGCCCGGCUCGGCGCUGCUGCUGGUGGCGCGCUCGGCGGCCGCGCUGGGCGAGCUGGAGGGCGAGCUGCGCGCCUCGUGCCCGGCGCUGCGCGUAACGGCCGUGCCCGCCGACCUGGCCUCGGACGAGGGGCUGCAGCGCGUGGUCCAGGCCGGCCGGGCGCUCGGCGGGGCGGGGGGGCGCCUCGAGCGGCUGCUGCUCAUCAACAACGCCGGAUCACUUGGUGAUGUUUCGAAAUCCUUCUUGGACUUCACCAGCCCAGCUGAAGUCAGCAACUACUUGGCCUUCAAUGUUGUCUCUGCACUGUGCCUGACUUCCUCCAUUCUGAAGGUUUUUCCUGCGCAGCCUGGCUUGUGCCGAAUGGUCAUCAACAUCUCCUCGCUCUGCGCCCUGAAACCCUUCAAGACCUGGACGCUCUACUGCACUGGGAAGGCGGCCCGGAAUAUGAUGUUCCAGGUUCUAGCAGCAGAAGAGCCGGAUGUCAGGGUGCUUAGCUAUGCGCCAGGCCCCCUGGACACCGAUAUGCAAGAAGUGGCGCGCACUAGAUCAGGGGACCCAGAGAUGAGGCAGAAGUUCCUUCACAUGAAACAGUGUGGGCAACUGCUAGACUGUGAUGUAUCGUCCCAAAAGCUGUUGAAUCUUCUCCUUGCAAACACGUUUGAAUCAGGGGCUCAUGUUGACUUCUAUGACAUCUGAGAAAUGCCAUUCUUCUCCCAGCACUAUCUUGGAUUUUAGGGUGACCCUAUGGAAAGGAGGACAGGGCUCCUGUAUCUUUAACAGUUGUAUUGAAAAGGCAUUUCAGCAGGUGUCAUUUGUAUAUAUGGGGAACCUGGUGAAAUUCCCUCUUCAUCAGAACAGUUAAAGUUGCAGGGGCCCUGCCCUCUUUUAAAUCUGGUCACUCUAGUAUAGCUCCUGCAGCUUUAACUGCUGUGAUGAAGAGGGGAUUUCACCAGGUUCCCCAUAUAUACAAAUGACACCUGCUAAAAUUCCCUUUUCUAUGCAACUGUUAAAGCUGCAGGAGCCCUGUCCUCCUUUUCAUAGGGUCACCCUUGGAUUUUUCUCCUUUGCAAGUAACCCUUCAUUGUUGCUCUCUACUGCCAGAAGUAUAGGAAUUGUUGCAUUCUAAUUUCUUCCUUCAUGCAAUGACUGCUGUACAGUCUUGUAUCUGCGGGUGUCAUGGAAGCAUUUGCAAAGUUCAAAACGAUUAUAUGAAGGGAAGGGAUUCAAGCAUGAGAAAGAGCCAUACAGAAUUGUAUUUUCUGUGCCCUUUAUUGCACGGGGAAAGAGUUUUGCUCCAUUCUGGGUAGGAGGUAGCAUGAGGAAUAAAGGCAUCUGGUGUAACUGUUCUGUAGUAGGCUUAAAGCAUUCUCAAAGAGAUUUUCCACACAGUAACCAGGUGGGGGAUGGUAAAGGAUUAUUGAUGGUGAAGGAGCUUGUGAGGGGCUCUCCGCCUCUUACACAGCACCCAUCAGCCCCAUCACUGCAUUGCCAGAGACCCCCACGCCCUUCCAGACAAGAGGCUCAUUGAGUCUGGCAGUGGUGGGACAGCUGCAAGCAGCUCUGGUCAGCACAGGCUUGAGGACUGCGUUUAUCACUUUGAUGACAGUCACCUGGAGGAGGGUGAAAGCAUUACUAGGAGGAAAAGCCAGCCAGUACUGGAUAAAAGAGGAGGAAAGGGGGGCAAGUGGGGGUGGGAGACAGAGAAGCGGGCGAGCGAGAGACAUACAGAGAGGCAACUCUGCAGGAGCCAGGGAGACCAGGCAAGAGAGGUGAACGGCUUUUUACAAGGGAAACGCCAACUGCUCCUCCUCUAUCUGGUCAACUUGUUGGGGAGAGAAGAGACCGUCUGUUCUUACUACAUUGCCCCUUUAAGGACCAGCUCCAAAAAGGCCUCAACUAACUUUACUACAGAGGACGGGAGAAGUCGGUGUCUCUUGGGAAGGUACUGGGAGGAGACAGCAGUGAAAGAUUUGGCAGCUGUGGGCACUGUUUCUCCGGGGGGUCGCUGGCGGAGACAAACUGGGGUGGGGUGGGGAUUACUUACCUGCCCGGUGUCAGUCUAUACCGAAAGAUGAAAGGGGAGAAAAUUCUCCUGGCGAAUCAUAGAAUCAUAGAAUAGCAGAGUUGGAAGGGGCCCACGAGGCCAUCGAGUCCAACCCCCUGCUCAAUGCAGGAAUCCAUCCUAAAGCAUCCCUGACAGGUGGUUGUCAGAAUGAGCUCUUCCCCAGUUGUUUCUGCUCUGUUUGAAUACUGCUAGUGCUGUAACUAGGAGAGUCUCUCUUACUAAACUUUUGAGUUAAAAGUCUCCCUCUAGCUGUUGUGUCUCUGAUGGAGUCAAUGGGCCAAGGAGCUUUUGAUGUGCCUUUACCACAAGACCUUCUCACAGAGUUCCAGGGAAUAUUCAGAAAGUUGGCAAUCAGGGGGUAACUUUAAUCUUUGAUACAUUUAUUCUGCAGGGCUCCAACGCCUGCAGGGCUCUAUUGCUGUGUCUUUUCAACCCUUGCAGUGAAUUAGGGGUGUUACUGGCCCAAUCCAUUUGAGCUAUCUCUGUAUCUAACAACUGCCACUCUUCAUGGUAAAGGCUAGAAUUCAGCCUCGCUAUGGAGAAAUGGAAGACAUGUGGUUGAUUGGUAUCCCUCUUCUGAAAUAGAAAACUGGUCCUGGUCCUGAGGAAAGGCUGUGGACCUUCUUACAUUUGGCACCUAACUUCUGAUUGGUGAGUGGUGGUCUAAUCACUUAUUCAUCCCAUUUGUGGUUGGAAGAUGGUGGUCUCAUCACUCAUUGGGGGCCCCACCUUUGACCAGAACAAGUGUAUAGAAAGCACAGGUAGCGAGGGCUGCAGGUCGCUUAACAUUUUGGCCUGAUUCGCCUCUGAUUUUCUUUGGACCAACAGACCUGAGGAUUUGGGUAACUAUUGAUCUUUUUAAGCUUUUAGAUUUUAGAACUUCUAAUAUUUUUCUGAAGUUAGAACUUAGAAUAGUUCCUGAAGUUAGAAUUCUUUCCAAGUCUUGGGUUUUCUCUUUCACUCAAACUUCUACUUUUAUUCUUCGCGUGCCUAGAGGUAAUUAGCAAUCCUUUAGCUUAGCUUUCAUAUUCAAAUAAUGUGCAGGGGGAGGUAAAGGGGGAGUUUAACAAUUAUGUUUAGUUUAUUUACUCUUAUAUAACCACCGCCAUUGCUUUUUUGCAAUUUUCUAAAAUAAAAAAAAAUGCUAUAUACAAUUAUGUCUGUGGUGAUGCUUAUCCAUUGGGAUUGGAUGUUUGUCUGUUUGGAUCAGUACUGGUUCCCCACCAGGGUGUUUCGGAUCCAUUUGGGUAGAUUCUGAAGUUGAACAGGACCAAAUUUACAUAUAGCUGGUGUCAUUGCUGGGUCUGUCUCUGCUGCCAAAGCACUUCCCUAGGCCAGAUAUCCAGGCAAAACACAAUGCCCAAAAGAGCUGUGGGAUAUUUUUUUCAAUGCUGUGCCCGUUAUUCCGUGUCCCGCACUCUGGGAGGAUCGAGAAGAGAUCCUGGCCCUCCUCUGUGUGACAACCUUUGAAGUAUUUGAAGAGUGCUCUCGUGUCUCCCCUCAAUCUUGUCUUCUCCAGGCUAAACAUGCCCAGUUCUUUCAGUCUCUCUUCAUAGGCCUUUGUUUCCAGACCCCCGAUCAUCUUGGUUGCCCUCCUCUGAACACGCUCCAGCUUGUCUGCGUCCUUCUUGAAUUGUGGAGCCCAGAACUGGAUGUAAUACUCUAGAUGAGGCCUAACCAGGGCCGAAUAGAGAAGAACCAGUACCUCACGUGAUUUGGAAGCUAUACUUCUAUUAAUGCAAUCUAAAAUAGCAUUUGCUUUUCUUGCAGCCAUAUCGCACUGUUGGCUCAUAUUCAGU